ACUUCCACCGCCUCAGUCUGGUAUCUACUUUACCGUUGCUCUUGACAUCGUUCAAUGAAAUCCUCGGUCAAAGUCUUCACAUAAUUCACUCGGCUAAAUCCUUUCAUUGUUCUUGAAAUCUCAUACCAAUUUAUCCUUCCUUGUGUUUUUUCACAUAUAAUAUCCCAUCGAGCAAAGCAAUCCCCGUGCUGGUUUCUCAUUCUCUCGUAUAUCUUCAGAAAGCAUGUCGUCCGCUUGUGUUUCGUCCCCCCCUUCCCAACCUUCUUCUGCCAAGUCGCAGACAAAGACCACGCUCCUUGCCAACACCAGGACAAUGAACACGACUGAACCUUCGCCACUGUUGAUCACUGGCGAGCUCCUUGGUUCCAAACGUGCGCGUACGAUCUCAACCUCCUCUGUCGAUACAAUUCGUAUCAAUUCUGGAAAGAAGAAAAGUACUUCUUCCAACAAACGCGCUCGCGCAAGUGAGCCCUCCUCCGGCAGUGGAUGUGAUCAGAAUAUACUCGAAGAUAUUCGUCGGAUUCGACAACGGAAAUCAUCUACAUACUCUGCCGACACGAUCCGGGCACCGGAAUCUUCGGCCGUCACCUUUCCCAUAUUCUGUGACCCCCCCGAACGUACCUCCCCUCAGAGCGAGACUCCCUCCACUGCUGCUUCGAAGAAGAAGGACCCGCGCAAAGUUACUCCUCCCCAAUUGAACCCCGGAAAGACUGCUCCAUCAGUCGCAGUGACGUCGGUCCGCCAUGCUCCUCCCCCUCCCAUCAUCACUAAUCUUGUGCGCUCCCGCGUUUCCUCGAUAAAGAGGUCUUCGUCUCGUCCUACCUCUCCUGCAGCAAUACUUUCCAACUAUCACCCCACUGGCUUCGAACCCCUUCCCUCACAUUUGCAAGAAUGGCAGCCUUCUUCCACUCAUUUCAUGCUCUCUGAUGAUGAAGGUAGUGCCUGCGAUGAUAAAGCAUCGUCGCAAGUCACAGCAUGGAAAGAUCAAUGGGAUCAUGUGCAUCCCGGAAUGUCAGAUCUUGCGAUCACCAUCUGCUUUCACAAGAAACAGCCUUUCUUCGACGUAUGGGAUCUGCCUGAUGAUAUUUACAUCGCAGUUCCUGCACGGUUGCAUCUGACCCUGAAAAAUCCGCAACAGUGGAAAGAGUUACCGUCAGAACCUGAUAUACGAUACAUCGACAUCAAAUGCAACACAUUCGAAUACCGUCCCUUGAGCGAAUACUACCCUCCGGAAUAUUCUGUCUCCUACACAGGAGCUUCUUCCGCCGAGUACGCAGACCCAGCUAUCGUCCCCGCUGACCUCACCCGUGGAAUCAUUGUCAACAAGAGGUGGAAUAAGACGUUCCCGGGGAACAAAUUUCAUUUUAAGGAGAGCUUGAUCACCAACUUUGGUCGUCUCCCGGAUGAUUCUAUCAACACACACAGUAAAGAUGACGGUGAUUCCAUCUCGAAGCGGGGAUGGUUCUUCAAAUUCAUGAUACCUAUACCAUCGUGGGUCCUUCGACAGGGCAAUACGCGAGCCUUCAUAGUCGAAACGUCAGUUUGGAUCGGUGGACUGGAUAACGGAGGACUGCUCCAUGGGGACACCGAGCUUGUCAUUUCGCAUCUGCGAUCUGAAAGAGAGAUGGUCAAAGGUGUCUGCCAAUGCGCCUGAGCCCUUUAAUGCCAUCACGACUUGUACAAAUUGUAACACUAUGUCUCGUUCUGACCGUUUCGGGAACAUAUGAAUACCUUUAGCAUCGACCAUAUUUUAUCAUACUCGUUACACUACCGUUUAUUUAAUUAUAUAUACCUGGGCAUGAUCUGGCAUGAUUCACUGGAGAAUAAUAUCUGACUAUAAUACAGUGAAAGUCUGGAAAUACGUUUUAUGAGAAUAUAGAUUUUGGAAAAGCGACGCCGCG